AAACGUACUGACGCGGCCUUUACUUUGGAAGUCAGAAACCUCUGGUUUGAUAACAGGAGGUUGAUGAUAUCUCUUCCUUCGGAGGGCAAUUAAAAUUUUGAAGCCUUGCUCGCUUGCCUUUUAAACAAAGUCGCGUUCGACAAUGCUUCGAAUCGCAUGUAGCGUGCGUGUGCUUUUGAAAGCGAUCAUUUUUCUCACGGCUCUCCAAAUUUUGGCGCUCUUGAUAUUCAAUGAAAGCGAAAUUGUUAACUUUUCGUUGCCAAUGACAUCGAUACCGCUCAAGAGAAAAGUGGUCUUUCAUGCAAAGGAUGCUCAAUGGCAACCGGUUUAUGAUUCAACGAACCAGCACUUUUUGGUCUAUUCGGCCUUUAUUGAAACAAGGUUUUUGGAUAAUAGUAGCACACUGGUGCCACCGACUGUGCGAAUAAUUGGAGUUGCAAAAAUGAGAAAGAGGAAUUUCUCCCGAUUUAAUACAAUAGCGAAUGUUUCUGCACAUUGCCAAUUUUGGUAUGACGACGAUGAAGAAAUAGAGUAAAUCAAUAUUUUUGAUUUGGAAAUUAAAUUUCUUAACAAUCAUUUUUCAAGUAAUUUUGUUAAAGCCGUUAAAGCAACCGUAAAGCCCAUCAGGGAAAAUUGGAACAUGAACUAUUCUGCUUGCUUCAUUUUAUGCCCGGUCAAAAACAGCUCUCGGAUGCCCACCGGCGUUUCAGUUUAUUCUGAUAAUAUGAUCGGCCCGUUUUUAAAAAGCAAGAGUUUCAAUAACUUGCCCAAGGCAGGAAAUCAUAUGCGGAUUCAUAGAAUUGAAGAAAGGAAAAUGGGCUCUCAAGAAAUCGCAGCCUGCGUGAAACCCCUCCAUUAUAACUACAGUAAAGUGUGGGAGUUAAUUGAGUGGAUCGAGAUGAAUAAAAUAUUGGGAAUUGAGCAUUUUUACCUCUACAUUCAUGAUAUUGCUCCAAACACAAGCUGCGUUCUGAACGAGUAUUCGAAUCAAGGCACCGCCACACUUCUCGACUGGAAUAACCUUCCCCUAAAAUCGCAAGUGGACGUUCGCACCGAAAAUAUGUUUGCAGCUCUCAACGACUGUCUCUACAGGGCAAUGUACAAGCACAAGUACUUGGCAUUUUUCGAUUUGGACGAGUAUCUUGUUCCCAAGCAAAAAGAAAAUUUGACCGGGCUGCUGUCCCGUUUGGAGCAGCGCGUCACCGACUCGGUUUCUUUCAUUUUCAGAAACGCGUUUUUCUACUUGCAGUGGCCCGACGACGGAAAUUAUCACGGACUUGAUUUAGUGACGCAGAAAAAAACCAUGCGUAGGAAUCAUUUUCAGGAAAGGAUGGAAAGAUCAAAGUUCAUUUGCAAGCCGGAAUUGACAGUUGAAGUUGGGAAUCACUGGUUGUGGGAAAUGACCCACAAGACUCUCAAACAAUCUUUUUUGAAGACUGAAGUUGCACUUCUUCACCAUUAUAGAAAGUGCGAGGCCGAAGGGGAUGGCUGUGUUAGUUACAAAUCAGAAGUUGACAAGUACAUGUGGCUGUAUCGAGAUCAACUUGAAGGGAAAAUGUUGUUGGCCCAAGAAAUCAUUGGGAAAAAAUGUGGCCUAGAGCCCAUUAAAAGAAUAAAAUGAAAUUGGUUAAAAAAACAUAUCAGCCAAAAUGGUUGCAAAUGAGCUAAUUUUAAAUUAUUGAAAACUUGAAUUAUUUAAUAGAAUAGAAUUUGAUAUAUUUCUUAAAAAUAAUUAAACAUUGUCAGAUUUCUGUUGCUUUGUCACACAAGGAAUUUCGGAGUCCUUAGCUUUCCUCUUACCUUGAUUUUGUCUGCUUUUGGCUUGCGUGUCCUCUCCCAAAACUCUGCGAAGAGAAGUAAAUUAAU